GGGCAUUGGCCGCGCCGCUGGGUGAUCCCUUCGGGCUCAAGUUGCAGGGGGGCGGGCCCGGGCCCGGAGGUGGAGUCUCCCGCCAAUUCCAGCCGUGGCUAUAAAUUGAGCUCCCCGCGCGGUCGCAACCCAGAUGCCUCGCCAGGCCGCCUCGAGGCUGGUGGUCCAGGAAGGCGACGGGGUCCGGGGGCCUUCGGGGCCCGCAGCCACCAUGCUCCGCUCCCUGCUGCUUCACUCUCUGAGGCUCUGCGCCCAGACCGCCUCGUGCCUCGUGCUCUUCCCGCGCUUCCUGGGCACGGCCUUCAUGCUGUGGCUCCUCGACUUCCUGUGCAUCCGCAAGCAUUUCCUGCGCCGCAGCCACCGGGGGCAGUCCGAGCCCGAAGUGGAGCUCAGCAGUGAGGGCGAGGAGGCGCCCCCCGACGACCCACCCAUCUGCGUGUCCGACGACAACCGCCUGUGCACCCUGGCGUCGCUCAAGGCCGUGUGGCACGGACAGAAGUUGGAUUUCUUCAAGCAGGCGCACGAGGGCGGGCCGGCCCCCAACUCCGAGGUGGUCCUCCCCGAGGGCUUCCUGAGCCAGCGCAUCCUGGACUAUGCCCACGGGAAUCGGCCGCUGGUACUCAACUUCGGCAGCUGCACCUGACCACCGUUCAUGGCGCGCAUGAGCGCCUUCCAGCGCCUGGUCACCAAAUACCGGCGCGACGUGGACUUCCUCAUCAUCUACAUCGAGGAAGCGCACCCCUCCGACGGCUGGGUCACCACGGACUCGCCCUACGUCAUCCCACAGCACCGGAGCCUGGAGGACCGGGUCAGCGCGGCGAGGGUGCUGCAGCGAGGAGCGCCUGGCUGCGCUCUGGUCCUGGACACCAUGACCAACUCCAGCAGUUCCGCCUAUGGCGCCUACUUCGAGCGCCUCUACGUCAUCCAGGGUGGCACCAUCAUGUACCAGGGCGGCCGGGGCCCGGAUGGCUACCAGGUCUCGGAACUGCGCACUUGGCUGGAGCGCUACGACCAACAGCUCCACGGUGCCCCGCCCCGUCGUUUGUAGACCGCCAAGGGAUCACAGACCGAUCGUGGCGGGCAGGGCCUUCGGGCCUCUGAAUCUCACGUACAGGAGGCCCAAACCUCCGAGGUCAAGUUCGGUGGGACCUCGGCGUCGCGGCCAUACU